AUGAAAGCCUUCCGAGUCAAGCCGAAGUCUGCAACCACACUCUGGAAACAAUUCGCCAACAACAACAACAACAACAACAGUCCGCGUUUACCCGUUUCAGCCGUCCGAAUGCAAAGCACCAAACCACCUGCUCCGAAUCCUUUUGUGCUUGUGCCGACGUUGGAAGAAUUUCGAAAAAUUGAGUCCACCCGAGAGAAAUUCGACCCGAAGUUGGACUUGGUCGUUACCCAGACUCCACACCCAGAGUGGAAAUAUGGUCAGGGUUCGACGGAUGCCACGUCUGCAACCAAGUCCCAUAUUGAAGUGGAUCCAGCGGCGGAAGGUCGCUCAAUGAUAGCCAAUUACAAACUUCUUGUUUCUGCAAUCCCACGACCAGUCAGCUUUGUCAGCACGCUAUCAAAGGAUGGCAUUCCAAAUCUAGCACCAUUUAGUUAUUUCCAGGUCGUCGACCACGAUCCCGUCAUCCUUGUCAUUGGAUUCUCCGCGCGUCCGGGUCGACCAAAAGACACACAAAAGAAUCUCACGGAGACUGGGGAGUGUGUUAUUAACAUUCUGUCGGACCAUUUCGUCGAGGCUGCCAACGCCACGUCCCUCGACGUGCCAUAUGGCACUUCCGAAUGGGAGCUUUCUGGUUUAACGCCUCGGGAUUCCUCCACCGUGGCUCCCAAAAGAGUCCAGGAGGCCGUCUUUUCCAUUGAGGGAAAGCUGCUUGAGAUGAAGAGCUUGGACUUUCACGGCCACGCAGAGCAGGGCAAACCGGCCGGCGCGUUAGCCAUCAUCGAGGCGAAAAGAUUCUGGGCCCGGGAGGACGCAUUGGAUAAGGCUCAAGAGAACGUGGACCUAGAUGUCUUGCGUCCAGUUGUGCAGCUUGGGGGUAUUUCGUAUGCUCGUGUGCGAGAGACUUUCGAACUUCCCCGCCCCUCUUUGGCUGUCGAGAUGAAGAAUGACGAAAAGGGUCUUAAAAAGUUCCUCGGCAAUAGCAGUUAG